AUGACUGCUUUAUUUAAGGAGCUGACCCUUUGGGGUCUUGUUAUUUGUUCUAUUUUUAUAUUUGUUAAGGCAGAUACUAGCGUCAACCAAGCUAAUCAAGCAGAAAGCAUCAUUCCAUUACGUACCCACUCUCUUUAUAUGCCUUAUAUUGACCAAGAUCUUCAAAACCGCUGGUUUGACUUUGGUGCCGACACAGUAAUUAACACUAACAAAUAUAUUAGACUAACUCACGAUCGACAAUCUCAAACAGGCUGGCUUUGGAGUAGAUUGCCCUUGACAGCUACGAAUUGGCAGGUUGAAUUUGAAUUCAAGAUUGACGGAAAUAAUCCCAAUUUAUUUGGCGAUGGGAUGGCUGUAUGGUUUACCACAGACCGAGCAAAGCCCGGACCAGUAUUUGGAUUUAUUGAUAAAUUUGAAGGAUUAGGCAUAUUCUUUGAUACUUAUGCUAAUUCUAGACAAUCACAUUCGUUUCCCUAUGUAAUGGCAAUGUUGGGAGACGGCCAUACGGAAUAUGAUAAUGCUAAUGACGGUAAAGCAAACGAAAUUGCAGGAUGCGAGGCUGAUAUACGUGGAAAAUCUGUUGCAACAAAAGCGCUCAUCACAUACUACAAGAAUACAUAUCUUGAGGUCAAAUUACAAUAUAAGGAAUGGGACCAAUGGGAACCAUGCUUUACUAUUAAUAACAUAACUAUUCCUUCGCCAAUUUCACGACCACAAGAAACUGCAUCUUCAAACUGGUCUGGAUUGUUGUUCACUCUUAAGCUCAUUGCCACUGCCGCUUUUAUUGGUGUUUUGGUAUUGGUGUAUAGAAUGUAUAGAAGUCAAUCAAAUAAAAGGUUUUGA